CCCUGCAGCUCCCUGGGCUUUCGGGAGCCCGGGGGUGGCCUGUGGCGUGCGGAGCCCGCUCCGGACUGCGCCUCCUUGGACCUUGAGAGGAAACAUGCGUUUGGCUUGGAUUGUUUUAAAUUCUUAGUUUGGGAUCCCCGCCCGCCUGCCUCUUCCGUCUCGCAGGUUUUCUUUUCUUCCUCUUUUUUUACCCCUUUUUUCUUUUCACGGUCUCCUUUUUGACUCCCUUCCCCUUUAUGCUGGCCCAAUCCUCCCCCCGCUGCUGAGAAGUGGGGGAGGGUCUCUGCCUCCAGGUUCCCGCCCCACUGGGGCUCGGGCGACGAUGGGGGGCAAGCAGAGCACGGCGGCCCGCUCCCGGGGCCCCUUUCCGGGGGUCUCCACCGAUGACAGCGCCGUGCCCCCACCGGGAGGAGCGCCCCACUUUGGCCACUACCGGGCGGGCGGCGGGGCCAUGGGGCUGCGCAGCCGCUCGGUCAGCUCUGUGGCUGGCAUGGGCAUGGACCCCAGCACAACCGGAGGGGUGCCCUUUGGCCUUUACACCCCCGCCACCCGGGAGAGCAGCGACUCUGAGAGGGCGCCCGGCGGCGGAGGGUCCGCGUCCGACUCCACCUAUGCCCAUGGCAAUGGUUACCAGGAGACAGGCAGCGGUCACCAUAGAGACGGGAUGCUGUACCUGGGCUCCCGAGCCUCGCUGGCGGAUGCUCUACCUCUGCACAUCACACCCAGGUGGUUCAGCUCGCACAGUGGUUUCAAGUGCCCCAUUUGCUCCAAGUCUGUGGCUUCUGAUGAAAUGGAAAUGCACUUUAUAAUGUGUCUGAGCAAACCACGCCUCUCCUAUAAUGAUGAUGUGCUGACUAAAGACACGGGUGAGUGCGUGAUCUGCCUGGAGGAGCUGCUUCAGGGGGACACGAUAGCCAGGCUGCCCUGCCUGUGCAUUUAUCACAAAAGUUGCAUAGAUUCAUGGUUUGAAGUGAACAGAUCUUGUCCAGAACACCCUGCGGACUGACCCUGCCGGGCGUGCUCGCUGACUCCUCUCAAAGGGCACCUUGCUUUACCGAUGGCCAUCCUCUCCUGCCCCCAUUUUACCUGUCCCUUCAGAGUUCUGGGCUGGCAUUUCCUUUUUUUCUGGAAAACAUACAAACCCCUCAGAAAAGCCAAAACCCUGACUCCACCUGACCUCAUAUCCAAAGGUUUGGGGGCUUCUUUUCUCUCUCUCCCUUUUUUUUUUUUUUUUGUUCCCCGCUAAGUUUAUUUUAUUUAUUCCAAGUAAACUCCCAGAACAACUGAUGAUGUCAGACAAAUCAGGGACAUUUGCUCUUUGUACCUUCACCUCAAACACUGAUGACCUGGGGAGAAGAAAAAGCAAGGGUGAGAGUGAGGCAGAGGGAGUGGAGCCCGGCGCUGGAGUGUGAGUCCAAAUUCCCAGCAUGAUGUUUGGCUUCAGGGGCCCUCCCCAGACCGGAACCACAGACGCCUGCCCCGGCCUGCGCCCCAGUGGGAUGGCAUGCAGCCGGCCCUCUGGCCAGACGGAGCACGACUUAUUUAUUAUGAUCCACACAGGGACAGACAGGCCCUGUUCCUGAGAGGAGGCUCAUCGGACAUUGGGGCAGAGCUGAGCUUGGGACACCAGUGGGGACAGGGCACCCCUCCUGCACUGAAUUCCAGAGAAUGGCUCUCCCUUUCUCCCAGAGGACACCCCAUUGGAUGAGAGCGAGUUUGAGAGAAGAAGGAAUCAACCGCUACCCUUCCCCUCGCCCCUCAUCCCAGGAGGGAAAGGGCAUUUUCUUUUUCACCUUUGAAAGGCGUUGUG